AACAAAACAAAUAAAAACUUCCAGGAAAAACACUUGGUCGGCAGAUGUACCACGAACACAGGCCGCGCGAACAAUGGCCGGGCUAACAAAAGCCGGGCGAACAAAGGCCGGGCGAUCGAGUGGUCGAUGAGCACGUCCGCGCGUGACGGGUGCCUCUAUCGGAAUGUAAAACAUGUUCAAUCGCUUACAUUCGCUAGCGAAAUUAGUGCCAUUAAAAGUGGAAAAUCUUGUUCUCGCACUAUAAUAAAGUUAGCGCCAAUUCUAGAUCAACGGGGUCUGUUACGAGUGGGGGGACGAUUAAAAAAUGCAAACUUGCCACAAUCAGCUAUAAAUCCGUUAUUGUUGCCAAAAACCUCCCAUCUUUCUCUGAUUAUUAUUGAUUAUUACCAUCGUUUAUUUCUACACUGUGGACCUCGUGCGUUACAAUCUUUAAUUCAAAGAAAAUUUUGGAUCCUAGGUAUUCGUAAUCUUAUUAGAUCACGGCUUUCAAAAUGCGUCACUUGUUUUAAAGUAAAUCCUGUGCCCCUUCAACCUGUAAUGGGUGAUCUUCCCUCUAUCCGAGUUCAAGCAGCUCGUUGCUUUCAAAAUAUAGGUGUCGACUUUGCAGGACCUUUUAUCGUGAAAGAAAGUCGCAGACGAAAUGCCAAAACAUAUAAAACUUAUGCCUGUAUAUUUGUCUGUCUAGCGGUUAAGGCAAUUCACAUUGAAUUGGUAACUGAGCUCUCCACCUCGGCCUUUAUUGCUGCUCUAGAUAGGUUUGUGUCCCGUCGUGGUUUAUGUAGUACUAUUAUUUCGGACUGUGGUUCGAAUUUCGUGGGUGCUAAACGCUAUCUCAGCGAGAUGCAUCAAUUAAUGCUAAGUAAGAAUCUUGAAGUUGAGUCUAUUUUGAUAAACCGAGGAGUCCAAUGGAAACUAAACCCGCCAACCGGAAGUCAUUUUGGAGGUAUAUUUGAAAGUGGGGUAAAAUCGAUGAAGUAUCACCUGAAACGGGUAAUCGGAAGUCAAAUAUUAACCUUUGAAGAGCUAACAACAAUUCUUACCAAAAUCGAAGCUAUUCUCAAUUCACGACCAUUAAUUUCCGUAUCUUCUGACCCCAACGAGGUAGACGUAUUGACACCUGGGCAUUUCUUGACAGGGAGCCCUCUAGUGAGCUUGCCCGAGCCUCUCCUUGCUGAUAUACAAAUGUCAGUUCGUUCUAGAUGGCAGAUGCUACAAAAGCUAACUCAAAGUUUUUGGCGUGUCUGGCAUUUGGAUUAUCUUCAUACAUUACAGCAACGCGCUAAAUGGUUUAAACAACACGGUAACGUUAAGCUGGGAGAUAUAGUUAUGAUCGUGGAUCAAAACCUUCCACCGUUGGAAUGGCGUAUCGGCAGAAUUAGCAUAAUCCAUCCCGGUUCUGAUGGCGUAGUACGGGUUGUCACUGUCCAAACAGCUCACGGUCUGCUGCGCCGACCAGUUACAAAGUUGUGUCCUUUGCCAAUUCACGAAAACUUGUAACCUUUAUAAUUUACUUUAUACUAUUAUCUAAUUUAAUAUAAUAGUUUAUUUAUUCACAUAAUUAUUAUUUUUAUCUUAAUUACUACUUUAUUCUUAGCAUAUUAUUAUCUCUAAUUCACUAGGUACCUUAGUUACCACAGCUUAUUAUCUUAUUAAAAUCUUUUGAAAUCCUCCAAUGAUUUCAAGUGGGGGGAAAUGUUGGGACUUCCUUUUCCUUAUUCCUUCCUCAAUCCCCUAUCCACGCCAUCUGUUGACACUACGAGAAAUACUACGCGCGUAUGAAAAUGGCGCGAAGUGUGUAAAAAAAACUAAAACAUGGUGCCGGUGCAAAAACAAUAAAAUUGUGAUUUGUUGAUCAAUCAGCACAUAUAACUCUCGCCAGUGAGAAACUUUAAUAGUGCAUCAACGAAAUACAGAUUUGGCUGUGUUAUACUCUGCGCUAGUCAAAAAAGGUCGGAGCGAUGAUCCUCCUCUGUUGGUCAACUAUCGUCCUGUGGUUGGCCAUCUAUUUUAUCUCUUUUGCAGUACUGCCCGUGAGUAUUACUUUAAUCGUCUUUAUUUAAAUAGGUAUAAACAAAACAGUCGAGAACUUAUUUAUCCUGUCUCUCAAUGGUUUUGCUGUUCUUUUUUUAGUAGCUAUUAAAAACUUUAAUAUUUUCAAUAAAAAUAAAUCGAAACCGGUAUUUUUCGCAUCUUUACAGGAAAACGUUGUCGAUAUCAAAAUAGAAAAGAAAAUAUAUUACUUAAAGCAUUUUGUAAUUCAGUACCAAUCACUAUGCCUAAGUGCCUUUCAGAGCUUACUUUUGUUUUUGAAUAUACUCUAUAUUAAAUCUCUCAAUAGUAGGUUAAUUAUAUGUGUGAUCGGCAUUGGUUAAGCUAUCUAUUUAUAACACUGAAAAAAUUAAGAACAUAAUAUAUUUAUAACUGAAUUUAUAUAUUUAUAGCUUUUGAGCGAUGCAUGGGUGUUCGGAUCCCAGGCGGGUACCAAUUUUUCUAAUGAAAUACGUACUUAACAAAUGUUCACGAUUGACUUCCACGGUGAAGGGAUAGCAUCGUGUAAUAAAAAUGAAACCCAUAAAAUUAUAAUUUGCGUAAUUAUUGGUGGUAGGACCUUUUGUGAGUCCGCACCAGAAAGUACCGCCACUAUUUCUGCCGUGAAACAGUUACGCGUUUCGAUUUGAAGGUGGGGUAGCCGCUGUAACUAUACUGAGACCUUAGAAUAUAUCUCAAGGUGGGUGGCGCAUUUACGUUGUAGAUGUCUAUGGGCUCCGGUAACCACUUAACACCAGGUGGGCCGUGAGCUCGUCUAUCCAUCGAAAAACUCAGAAAUCUAGGGAUGUAAAAUAGCACGGAUAACUAAUAUUGAUAAUUUUAUUCAAAUAUUAUAUCUAGGUACCUCAAAUUACAUCGUGCAGGCGAUUCUCAGUUUAAGGUUAAGCUUUGUUUUUAUUUUUUUAAUACCCAUUGUUAGCGACCCUGUCUCAGUGUCAGAUUUCAUCAUUGACAACAUACACUGUUCGUCUUGAGACACUGCGGCAUUUGGCCUUUUCAGAGGGCUCAAAGAGCUAUGGAACGGUUUAUGUUUGAGUCUCCCCGUCGAGAUCCAAUCUGGAAUGAGGAUAUUUGUACGAGAACCAAAACAAUCGACAUAACCCAAAGGAGUGCCGAGGUUGAAGUGGGAGUGGGCAGGGUACAAGGAACAGAUAGAUGGCCACUGGAGCCAAUAAGUUCUCGAGUGGCGACUGCGUACCGAAAAACGCAACCUGGGUAGAUCUCUCAUCUGGUAGAAUAACAAGCGUAGGAUGUGAGUUGCAUAGGACCGGUCAUUAUUAAUUUUUUAUUUUUUUCCUACCUUUUCUAGUAACCUUGAGGGGUUAUUCUAGAUUCAUCGAGCUAGUAGGUGAGCUCGCUCGCUCGCGUCGGGGCUCAAACCUGACGUUGUUGCUAACACGAACCCUAGCUUCGCAGAAUGUAUCGCCGGAUCGGAAAAGCGACCCACUGAGAAGAUCCGGCGGGAAACUCAGUGGGCUGUGUUCUGUGGGUUCCUGUCAUUGUAGCGAACCUUUGGGAAGUACUAGGUUCAGACGUGGACGUCUAACUGCUGAUGAUGAUGAUGAUGGUCUUUUUCAUUGUCCAUAGACAUCUACAACGUAAUUGUCGCCACCCAUCAUCACACGUGAGUUCUAAGGUCUCAGUUCUAGGCAGCGGCUUGGCUCUGCCCCUGGCAUUGCUGAAGUCCAUGGGCGACGGUAACCACUCACCAUCAGGUGGGCCGUAUGCUCGUCUGCCUACAAGGGCAAUAAAAAAAAGUUUUGACAUAUAUUUUAUAGCGAUAAUUAUAUUACAACGAAGGUAGUCUGUUUCAGGUUUGUCGGGCUGUCGAUAGCACUUUGCAUUUUAAUUUUAAUUAUUAUAAGAGGAAGUGUGAAAGUAGCCCCGGUAAUCAACAAAUUAAAGAGCGGACGGUUUGCGUGGUAUGGACAUGGGUUGCGUAGAGAGAAGAUGCAUGUGACUAGGAGAUGUAUGGAAAUGCUAGUGCAAGGUAGAGGGGGAAGAGAUCGACCGAAGAAGACAUGGAUGGAGUGUGUGAAUGACGAUAUGAGAGAGAGAGGAGUAAGUGUUGAGAUGACGGCUGAUAGAAGAGA